AUGCUAUCUCAUCGUACUUCCAUUGCACGUAAUCAAAAAGCAAAGUUGGCCGCCGAUUAUAAUGAUCUCCUCAAAGAACUAUCCUCCCAUAAAAUGACAACUGUUGGAAAUUACACAUUGCGUGACACCAUUGGAGAGGGUACCUAUGGCAAAGUUAAAUUGGGAAUUCACGAAUUGACGGGUCAACAAGUGGCUGUCAAAAGGAUCAGCAAACAACAUGCUUCGCUGAUGGCACGCGAGAUCCAUCAUCAUAGACAGCUUAUUCACCCCAAUGUCGUUCGCAUGUACGAAAUCAUCGCCACGGAAUCUUACAUUCAUAUCGUAUCUGAAUACUGUCCCAAUGGCGAGCUUUUUGAUGCCCUAUCACGCCUUGGACGAUGUACGGAAAAACGCGCUCAGUUUUGGUUCAGGCAGCUCGUCGAUGCUGUCAAAUACUGUCAUUCCCAUGGGAUCAUCCAUCGCGAUUUGAAAUUGGAAAAUGUCUUGUUGGACGCUAACGACAACGUCAAGAUUUGCGAUUUUGGAUUUGCUCGUCAUUCGGAAAAGCAUCAGAUGCUGGAAACAUUUUGCGGCAGUCUCGCCUAUUCUGCUCCCGAAGUCAUUCAACGUCAGAGACAUACAGGGCCCGAAAUUGAUGUGUGGUCAUUGGGCGUCAUUCUCUAUACCCUUUUAGCAGGCGAAUUGCCGUUUGACGACGAUUCCGAAAUCAUCAUGCAACGCAAAAUUGUCAAUCUUGAAUACCAAAUUCCAUCCUAUUUCUCCUCAGAAUCGAGUGAUUUGAUUCGGCAGGUGUUGAAGCUGAAUCCUGCGGAUCGACUGACCACUGAUCAAAUACUCAACCAUCCGUGGAUGCGAAUGGAUGUGACGGACGACGAAGAUUCGACCUAUUCCGAUGCCGAUUCUCUUUUCUCUAAUCGACCCGAGGAUGACGAAGACUGUGUAACUGUGGCUUCUUCUCAUCGUGAUUACGGUUCCCCCACUACCGAGAAACCCAACGGUGAACGAUACGCCAUGUUCUCGCCUCAGGUGCGGAAUAGCCUCGGAUGGCAGUUGUCACCACGAUCCACUCGGUUUUCCGCCCCUGCCUUGAGUGCUACGACCAACAUGUCGUAUGCAUCCAAUGCCAACGAUAAGCAACGCGCCUCUUUACCUUCCAUCCAUUUCACCGACAUCGCACUCUCCUCGGACGAACCUCCCAUGACACCCACUGAGCAAAAAUUAUAUUCGGCUUUGCUGUCAGCGGGUUUCGAUGCAACCGCAGUUAGCAGUAUGCGAUCUACCAUGGGCAAUUCUCGCAACGCGCUGUGGCAAAUGCUUUUGGACAACAUGAGUCAUCAACCUAAAGUGUUGGAAGCUCCUCAUGCCAAGCCUUCCCUCGAUCCAUCCGCCGCUCGAAAAGUCGAUCAAGCCGUCCAAACCGAGGUUCCCCCUUCAUCAACACCUGCAUCCAUUUCUUUGUCUACAGAUUCGAGCUAUUCAUCGCCGAUCAGCCCCAAGUCAGUAGCAACUUAUGGUUACGGACCCCAACGGAUACCUGAGCCGAAGACUGGAUGGCUGACCUCGGUCAAAUCGUGGUUUGGCAAAGGAGACGAAUUGCGUCCAACUCCAUCACGACAAAUGACACCAUCUUCAUCGUCAUCCACCAUUACAUCCUCUAUGUCGAUACCUACUCCUCCUCCACCUCAAUUACCCACACCUAGCCAUUUGCCGCUUUCACCACCAGUGUAUCGUUCCAGUAGUUUGAAAAACAGACAUCAGCCUGUCAUGCCAUCCGUAUCCGUUCCCCCCAUGAACGAAUUGGAUCAAUUAAGCUACAGUGCGACAUCCUUUGUACGAACUUCUUCCCCCUCUGUACACACUGUUUCUUCUUCCAAGCACCACACCAAAUAUUCCUUCAGCAAUGAACCACCGAAACCAAAAAGCGCAUGGACCACGCCUCGCAACGUUACCAAUAGUUUGUCUGUGAUCUGCAUUCCGCCUCACCAAUGUACCACCGCCGUGCCAACCACGGCUGUAGAAAUAGAUCUGUGCGCUCAGCAAUGUUCUCCUAUUACCUCCUGCUCUCCUAAACUGUACAAUGACAAUAUGAUCAUCCAGGAAGAAUCAAAGCAUGCACUAUCUCCAACUAUAGCUUCCUCGCCGAUCUCACCUCCCUCUUCCAUUUCUUCGUCUUCUGAUAGCUCAUUCAACGAAGAUGAUGAAGACGGAGACGAACAAGACGAUCAUGAUGCUGAUGACGAAGACGCCCAUAGUUCACCUUUGUCGUCGCCUCCUACGUCUAUUUCCGAGGAAGAAAUGGAUGAGCAGCCUUCAAAACCACCUUCACUCAUGGACCCUCGUCCAUUAACGUCUCGUCCCAUGGAUACAAGACCGUUAGCAGGACGACGAUUUGAUAUGGGUCUGUCCAGAUCCCGAUUAAGUAUCUACGGCAUGAACAGCGAACGAAUGAACAACUCGCUGGGCGCUAAAACCAUUAUAGAAGAAGAGGAGGAAGAAGAAGAAUAA